CACCGAGCAGCACCGGCAGCACCGGGAGGAGCGGCGCUGGCGAGCAUGGCGAGCAUGGCGGCAGCGGCGCUGGCUGCGGCAGCCGGCGGGGCGUCGUCAGGGCUGGGCGGCGCGGCGGCACAGCAGGACGGCGGCAGCAGUGGGGGCGGUGAUGCGGGUGCUCUGCAGGGGCACGGGUACGGCAGUGGGGCAGGGGCAGGAGCUGGGUGGGGCGCCGGCAACGGCCUGGGUGGCGCCAGCAACGGCGCCGCAGCUACCGGCACAAGCGUGGUUGCUGGAUCCCUGGGUGGGAAGAGGGUGGAGGCGGCGGGGGCGGCAUGGGAGGCGAGCAGCUUACAGGCUGGCUUGGGGGCCGUGGCCGGCGCCGCGCCAGAGGCGCUGCUGACAACACCGGAGCUGCAGCCGACGAGUCAGCAGGAGCCGGCAGAAGUGGCGGCGGUCGACAACCCCUUCGCCGGGUUCGAAGUGGGGGCCUCGGUUGCUGGAGGCAGCGGCGGCGGCGGCAGCAGCAGGAGCCAGGGGGCCGUGCCUGCCACCACACCAGAGGCCGCGGCGGAGGCGGCAACGCCGGCUGCAGCGCAGGAGAAGCAGGAGCAGGAAGAGGAGGAGGACGACCUGUUCUUCGGACUUGGGGUGGGGCGGCAGGCGUCGUCUGUGUCUGUGACCGACGAGGCGGCGGCCGAGCUGCGGCAACAGGUGGAGCUGCCGCAGCCGGCGGCGCCGCCACCAGAGGCGGUGCCCAGCGCUGUCGAUGCGGCGAUUAGUGGUGGGCCCACUGGAGGGGCUGCUGAGCAGCGGCCACAGCAGGCGCAGCUGGAAUCACCCCAGGCGAAGGCGGGGCCGACGCAGGCGCAGGCGGGGACGACGCAAAUGGAGGCUGCAGAGACGGCAGCAGCUGCUGAUGCGACUGCUGAUGAGGCUGCGGCGGCGGCAGUGGCGGAGGCUGCUGCUGAGGCAGCUGCACAGGCUCAGGCGGCGGCUGCUGAGGCGGUGGCGGCUGUGGCGGCGGCUGAGGCGGCGGCGGCGGCUGAGGCUGCUGCUGAGGCGGCGGCGGCUGAGGCUGUUGCUGAAGCGGCGGCGGCUAAGGCUGCUGCUGAGGCGGCAGCGGCAGCUGAGGCUGUUGCUGAGGUGGCGGCGGCUGAGGCUGCUGCUGAGGCGGAGGCGGCGGCUGAGGCUGCUGCUGAGGUGGCGGCGGCUGAGGCUGCUGCUGAGGCGGCUGCUGCUGAUGCGGCAGCAGCUGCUGCUGCGGUGGUUGAGGCUGACGCGGCGACAGCAGCCGCUGCUGCUGCUGAGGCUGUUGCUGCUGCUGCUGCUGAGGCGGAGGCCGAGGCGGAGGCGGCGGUGAGCGAGGGCGCCAUUCCGGACCUGGACGACCUGUUGGGCCUCAGCUGCCUCAGCGGGCCACCCGCAGCAGCGGACACGCAGCAGCAGCAGCAGCCACAUGGCCCUGCGGCUACUGCUGCUGCUACAGCCGAUGCGGAUGCUGCUGCGGGUGCGGUGGGCCCCGGGGCGUCUCCGAUGGGAGGCGGGUUGAUUGACGAUGAUGACUUCUUUGGACUGGGCGUGGCGGCGACUGCACCGGCGGUAGCAGUAGCAUCAUCGGCAGCGGCAGUAGCGCAUUCGGCUGUGGCGCCUGGCGGCGGCGGCGGUGCGGUGGAGGACCCCUUCCUCGCCUUCACAGACGACCUGCUAGGCGGGCUGGUGAGCUCGCAGCCCCAGGGGCAGGGGCAGGAGCAGCCAGCGCUGCCUGUGGCGGCACAGCCGGCAGCACUCGGGGACGAUCCAUUUUUGUUGUAAGGAAGGCCAGUGUAUGUAGAAAAUGCCUGUACGUGCCGCUGCGAGACCGCGGGUGAUGCCCCGGAUGGGAGGCGAGCCAGGAGGGCAUCCGCCGGGGCGGCCGCAAGCGCCUGAAGCAGACCAACCGGGUCUACCACUCGGGACGCGCCAUACACGGGGGGUGCGGGAAGUUGAUCACCAUCAAGGCGGCGGUCUCGCAGCCCAGCAGCGGGAAGGUCGCGGUGCGGUGCAAGCACUGCCACGCGACCUCCUCGUUCAGCAGGCCUGAAGAAGGUGAAGGAGGUGAUCGACCUGUGUGACAGUGAGUAGCGUGCCGGCCAGUGGGCGGCUAUGGUGAAGGGGGUGGGGAGGGAUAUUGCAGGGACGGGGUAGGGGGGCAUGGGGUUUUGAGGAGCGAGGCAAGGGGUAUUCGGAUGCGGGAUCAGGUGCGGGAUCAGUGGCAGGACAAGCAGGUGCGUUUCGACGUGGUUCUUGCGUGAUUACGGUACAUGGUGUAGUGUGAGAUUUGGCUGAGGUGUGAGGCCAGGCAGGGAUGUCGAUGAGCUUCGGGCGCUUGGUUAGGGCUCGUGUUCGACCCUGGUGCGUGCUGCCAUCUGCGGGCGUGUGGGCUUUCAUGCGACUUCGGGUAACCCUUGGGGUGAUUACGUAUAUGCAGUUACAGGGGGGGCGCGGGCGCGCAGCGGAGUCCCAGCGGGCAGGUUGUGGUGGCUACUGCUGCGCGCUGCUGUGACGAAGCCGCGGUUCCAGCCCUUCAGCGCGCGCUAGGUCGUAGGUUUGUGCGCAGCGGAAUGCGGGUAGUCGCUAAACUGGGGCCGACUGGGGUUGCUGUAAGAUGCUUAACAAUGUUGGUGCAUUGUUGGUGGGAUGUUUCUAAAAGCUCUGCCAUGUCCGGCACGCACGCCGCGGAGUGCGUGCAUGCGGGUGCCACGCUCCCGUGGAGUGGGCUGGGCAGGGGACUAAGUGUGUGUGUGUAUCACGCCGACGCCGCCCCGCAAAACCAAGCAAGGGCAAUCCGCCCGUGCCGCCCUCUCCAGCCCCUCCGCGCCUGCCCAAGCCAGCUGCAAAGCCUGGCGGCAGAAGCCCAGCCAAACUCCCAUACACAAAACUUUCUGUCUGAUCAGACGAGUCGGGUCGUGGGGCUCGUUGCUUGGUCCUGCUCUCGGAGUGGCAUGGAUUGGCGAGGACGCGAGGUCAAGAGGCAGGCUUGCAGGGGCUUGGAGGCAGCGGAGGGGAGUGCUGAGCUGAAGGGUAACUCA